AUGCUUGUCUCUCAUCUGCUUACCCUUCUUGGGCUUGGACUUACGGUUCAGGCUCAAACGUGCUGGGAAAACUUGACCUGCUCUGGUCCACUCGAGACUGCAUUUCCAGGUGAAUGGGAAGCAAACAUCUUUGCGCCUGCUUCUCGCGCCGUCUCCCCAACCUCAAUCUUGUCUCUCGCGAAUGCUUCAAUCAUCUCAAAAUGGCCUGGUCCUGCUCACAUCACUGGUAAUGGAUCAGCACUCGUCUUCGACUUUGGAAAAGAGGUGGGAGGGUUGGCCACGAUAUCCUACACAGCGCAUGGUAUUGGUGCUUUGGGUCUAGCCUUCAGUGAAGCAAAGAACUGGAUCGGCUUGUGGUCUGACUCGUCCAAUGGAAAGUUUCAAGCAGGGGAUGGAGCCAUCUACUCAAACUUCAGUGCUUCUGGCAACUACAGCUAUACAAUGGAUAAAGUCCGCCUUCGUGGAGGCUUCCGCUACCUGACUUUGUUCUUGAUUACCAACGAAACUAUGUCGUCUAUUGAUAUCAAUGAUAUCACACUCGAGAUCGGCUUUCAACCCACUUGGAGCAAUCUACGUGCCUAUUCUGGCUAUUUCCACUGUAGUGAUGACGAUCUGAACAAGAUCUGGUACAGCGGUGCAUACACCUUGCAGACUAAUUCAGUACCGGUGGACACUGGCCGUAACUUUGUCUCAAGCGGCUGGAACAAUAGUGGCGCUCUCGCAAAUGGGUCUACAGUCAUUGUGGACGGAGCCAAGAGAGACCGAGCAGUGUGGCCAGGAGACAUGGGCAUUGCAGUACCAGCUACGUUUGUCAGUAUUGGAGAUCUGGAAAGUGUCGCAAAUGCUCUACAGACUAUGUAUGAUCAUCAGAAUAAAGACGGAUCUUUCCCGGAAGCUGGACCUCCUUUGUUGCAGCAGGGCUCGGAUACUUAUCAUAUGUGGAGUAUGAUAGGGACCUACAACUACUUGCUCUAUACCAACGACACUGCUUUCCUGGACAAGAAUUGGGAUCGUUAUUUACACGCCAUGGAGUACAUUUACGGCAAGGUGCAUCAGCCGUCUGGACUGCUAAAUGUGACGGGAACGCGCGACUGGGCCCGAUGGCAACAAGGUUUCAACAACAGCGAAGCCAACAUGAUCUUGUAUCAUACACUUGUAACAGGUGCCGAGCUCGCAACCUGGCAUGGAGACACAACUGGCCUGGCUGACACAUAUACUGCUCGCGCUGCUAACCUCAGCACUGCAAUCAACAAAUAUUGCUGGGACACAUUAUUUGGAGCUUUCAAAGACAACGCUACAGACACAAGUCUACACCCUCAAGAUGCCAAUAGCAUGGCGAUCUACUUUGGUGUAGUCCCUGCCUUAUCUUCAUCUGCUCAAAGUAUCUCUUCCAGACUCACAGACAAUUGGACACCCAUCGGUCCCGAAGCUCCCGAGCUCCCAAACAAUAUCUCACCAUUUAUUUCGUCCUUUGAGAUCCAAGCACAUCUGGUCGCUGGCCAGAGUGAACGGGCACUAGAUCUGAUACGCCGCAGUUGGGGCUGGUAUCUGCAUCAUCCCAACGGAACCGGGAGUACUGUCAUCGAAGGCUACCUCACAAACGGGAGCUUUGCCUAUCGCAAUUCGCGAGGGUAUAGCUAUGAUGCAAGUUACGUCUCGCACAGUCAUGGCUGGUCAGCAGGCCCCACAUCCGCCUUGACCAACUACAUUGUUGGCUUAUCUGUUACUGGCCGAGUAGGGUCCACGUGGACAUUGAAGCCGCAAUUUGCUGAUUUGGAGUAUGCUCAGGCAGGAUUCGUGACUUCGUUGGGAAAGUUCAGUGCUGGCUGGAACAUCACGGAUGGUGGGCGGGCAUAUUCUUUGUGGUGGAAGGUGCCUGAGGGAACUGCUGGUGAUAUUACACUGCCUCCAUUACCUUCUGGUAAGACGGGUAAGAUCACGAUCGAUGGAAAGAGUUUCAAGAACAAAAGUGUUGACAGGAAGAACGGCUUGGUUUUUGGGAUCAAUGGAGGUAAUCACAGUAUACUUGUGGUUAGCAAGUGA